AUGCUUAAAGGGACGCUGAUGAUCAUUCCUUCCUGACGCUCUAAUGCGGAGGGUCUGAGAUACUGAGCCGUCCAUCCGCAGGUCCCCGGCUCCAGCCCCCUAUACUGACCGGCUGCCCCCAUCACCGCUUGAUCGGUCACUGCCCGUUCUCUCCAAGGUGCUGAAAGACAUCCAUGACCUCCUCCAGGGUCCCCACCCUGGGAACAUGGCAGCUUUGAAGAUGUAGGAGGAGGGGGUCCAUCUCAUCAUCAUCAUUCCUUCUACCCCCUAACCUAACACAAGCCCUGGUUGACAGGACCACCCCUGGAAGGAAUCCAAAUCAUCAUGGCUACCUGGAGAAACACAGUGUUCUGGGGUCUGCUGCUGCUGCUGAUGGUGGGGGUGUGCUUACCUGUGUGUGUUGAGGUUCCAUCGGGGACAGAGGCCGUCCAAGGACACAAUAUGACCUUACUGUGCAUCUCCUGCAUGCAAAGAGAGGAAGUAUUCGCCAUUACCAGUGUGGAGUGGUACUAUCAACCUCCCAAUGGAAACAGAUCUCUUAUCUUUGAAUACAUUGAGGGAAAACCCCGGGAGCAUAAAAGUCCAUUUAAAGGCCGUCUGCAGUGGAUAGGCAGCAAAGAUCUGCAGGAUGUCUCCAUUAUAUUACACAAUGUAACAUUCACAGAUUCGGGGCGAUUCAUCUGUAACGUCAACCGCACGCUUCAUUUCGAGGCACACCAACACUCAACCAUGAGCAACGUGGAGAUUGAUCUGAUUGUGUCCGAGAUACAAAAAGAGGAUUUUACUUCUGUCCUCUCAGAGAUUAUGAUGUACAUCCUCCUAGCAUUCCUUACCUUGUGGCUCUUGAUCGAGGUUGUCUAUUGCUACAGAAAGAUCUCUAAGGCUGAAGAAGUGACCCAGGAGAGUGUCACGGAUUAUCUAGCAAUACCCUCAGAAAACAAGGAACACUGUCCUGUUCAAGUGGAGGAUCAAUGAAGCGAGAAGAUAUCAACUCACAGAGGUGGCCUUGGAGGAAACAGCUCAAUCAUCUACCAACGUGUGAGCAGGAGUUAUCCAUACAGGCCUAUCUCCCACAUAUCUCACUGGCUCCCUGUAUAAUGCCUUACCUGCUUUAUGAACACCCAGGACAACUCACACAUGUGCUGAAUGAAGAAUGCACCGGAGAUGAAGAAACACAGGACUUGAAUGUGCAGGGUCAUGAUGGCCACUGAUCCUUUCCUGAUCCAUGGGAGAAACCAUCCUGUUAAACUAGUGCAGAGACAUUGUCCAUAGCAACCCAUUAGUAGCUACCUUACACUUUAAGUGAUCAUCUAGCAUUUUAACACAACAUGGGGGGGGGGGGGCUUAGUUAAAACAUUUGGUGUCAUUUUUAGUCCUCCUGAUGGGGAUCCAUGUUUCCUACUCCCAUUCACCUACAAUGGCCACCAGCUUCUCGUACAAGCCUAUGAACACUGUGCUUUGUUAGUCUCAGACGCUCCCCUCAUAUUGGCCACUCUAGAAGCAGGACAACAAAGGAGGGCACCAGGUGCUUGAACUAUACAUUCUGCAUGUUAAUGGGUUCUCCACCUUCUGGACAAAUUUUAGGCUUCCCCCCACCGGACCUGUGAAGGGAAGCAUACAUUACCUGCUCCCUGCUGCUCAGUUCCGGCUCCAUCUGUUCAUGGCACUCCAUUCCCCACUUGUCUACUUGGGGUCAUAUGUAUUGAAACAACCAAUGACUGCCCAAAGAGGUGACGGGUGAACACAGGUAAGUAUGCUUCCUUCCACCAGUCCGGCAGGGAUGGGGACUAGCAUCAGACUGGCCCACCAGAGGAUCCUCAGGUGGACCCAGGCUCUGAUACCAUAGUGGGGCCCAAAAUAAAACAUUUGGAGCUGCCUUUGGAGAUAAUGACUUGCCACUAGAUCCUAUUCCUUUGCAUCAAAACCUAUUAGACUUGAAUGAUGAUAUGGGGCUUGGACCCCAAGAAUAAUUUCCUCUAGUGGACCUCAGUCUGAUAGUGGGAUGGGGCGGAAUCCAAAAUUUGUUCAAAAAGUGGAAAACCCCUUUAAAACUUUAUGGCGAAUC